AUGCGCGCCAACCAUACCUCGGGCAUUUAUGUAGCUCCUCUUGGAAUAUGUGAAGAGGAAGUUGAUAAUGUGCAUGGCACAAUGGUUGACAGUCCUGCCCAUGUCGCCAACGGUCCAAGCCCGGCCAUCGUGCUGGACCCAGCCGGUCUCGACGAUGCGUCCUCUCCUCGAUCACGCUUCCACAACUACCUUCGGGCGCUUUAUCCAUUUCAGCCUGCCGCUUCCCACGCCUCGACCACGGUCACCUUGCCUCUGAAUACCGGCGACAUAAUCUUGGUGCACUCUGUCCAUGUCAAUGGCUGGGCCGACGGCACUCUGCUGGAGACGGGCGCCCGCGGCUGGCUGCCUACCAAUUAUUGCGAGGCUUAUGACUAUACUGCCAUGCGCCCGCUUCUUAGGGCGUUGACCGACUUUUGGGAUUUGGUCAGGUGUGGCACCGACCUCAAUCUCAACCUUUUCCUCAACCAGGAUUACAUGAGAGGUCUGGUUGCAGGUGUGCGCGCCUUGUUGGAAAGGUGCGGGUGCCUCACUCGAGACUCAGCCUUGGUCCAGCACCACGACGCGAUCCGGAGGUCUCGCAAGACUCUUUUGUCAGACCUCGCCUCGCUCGUCCGCAGUGCGAAGCUGCUGCAGCAGAAGGUGAUGGUCCAGUUGGACUACAAGGAUGUCGACAUCAGACUAGAUGAUAUGCUCCUGGAGGCCUUCAGGAUCGUGACGCGGGCCGUCCUCUUCUUCGAUGUUUGGAGUGAGCAGACGGCAACUGUAUGUUUCACCCCAAGGCAGUCUCAGGAUGUCGAAGGCCAAGCAAGACUGGAAGGACUGCCAUCGUCACAGGCGAUUAGUAGCACACGACGAAUUGCCCACCCAACUGGCUUGAUUCCUGUCAGCACAAAAGCCAUGGAGGCCUCAGCUCUUUUGCAGCACGACAACCGCGUCUCUACGGAAAAGCCUAGUACGGUGCGCCGGCAAUCUUCCAUGACCCAUCGCAUGUCCUAUGCUCGAGUGCUGAACGAGAAGCACUCCUCGCUCAUCUCAGAAUAUCUGCAUACGUGUUAUGAUGACUUUUUGACCGUCCUCGCGUCAUUUUUGGGUUCUCACAUGCAAUCUCGCUCAUCUUCGGAACUGUUAUCAACAACGCAGAAUGCCGUCCGUUCCUGCCGCCAGCUGUUUGCAAUCGUUGAGACUGUCAUCGAGCGAGAUUACAGCACUUCGCGGCCUUUGAUACAGGCGAAAGACGCCAUGUACUACGCCAUUACUGAAUUGGUGCACGCUGCCCGAGAGGUAUUUCAGCCGGUUCAUUCCGAGGACGGAGAUCUGGUUUGCCCACCAGAAGAGGCUCAUAACCUUUUGCAGGCAGCUACCGCUUGUGUGAGUGCAGCAGGCCGAUGCGUUGCCAGGACCAAGGCCACGCUUGAGGAGAUUGGCGACUUCGAACUCGAGGGUCCUGGGCAGAUUUUGGGAAGGAGUUCUGAUGGAACCAACACUCCAGAGCCCAUUCAUCAUGAGACGAGACCUUUUGCCGCUCCCCCAGCCUCGUUGUCGAAGGUAUCGGCUAAAGAAGUAGCAGAGAGUGUCAGGGAACGACCUCGCAUCUCGAUCUCCCAGGGAAUACUGACUCCGCCACUUUCCAUGAACGCAAUGGGGUCGCCCUCGACUGGAUACGGCAGCGCUCCGCCUACGCCCAAGGAUAACACAAUGCCAAGCUCCGUCCGAUCCUCUGCCUUAGCAUCUCCAUCUUCGCUGCACCAAGAAAGACCCACCGCCUCCUCAGACUCCAAUCGACCCCUGGCUGCGAGUGGAACAUUGAAGCCGUCUGCAAGAGUACACGGUGGAAGUGUCAGCAGCGACAGCAGCUUCGAUCGGCUUCGCAGACGCUCAUAUCCGAGCAAUCUGUCUACCACUUCUACGCGAGUCACUUCAUUCCUUGGUGAAAGGAUCAAGUCCCGAGCAGGCUCGUUAACGGAAUACUCGAAUCUCAAGGGAUAUACCGUGCUUGGUGGGGAUGAAGAAGACGCAGAAACGGAGGUUUUGAUGAACACUUUCGCCCAGGAGCUCGUUUUCAACCGUGAGGGUAUCGUCGUCGGUGGAACUUUGAAUGCACUGGUGGAACGAUUGACGACACCAGAUCCCGUCCCAGAUGUGUCUUUCAUCAACACGAUUUAUCUGACAUUCCGACUGUUCGCGAGACCGGAAGAGUUGGCCCAGGCCUUGUCGUAUCGAUUCGAGUAUGUCGGAUCACACCCGAAAAUCGCCAGUCCCGUUCGACUUCGUGUGUACAAUGUGCUCGAGGGCUGGAUGGAAUUUCAUUGGAGGCACGACUUUGACGACACAGCUCUGCCUGUUAUUGUUGGGUUUGCCAGGGAGCAGCUGACACCAGUGCUUCCGAUGGCGGGAAGGAGGAUUCUCGAAUUGGCUGAUAAGGUUUCGUCCGCCACCAGCCCCAUCGCCCCCAGUUGGGCGCCUGUCAACGGCAAGGCAAACACGUCUUCGGCUGCAUAUCUUGACCAAAAUGCACCCCUGCCGUCCCCCGUCAUAUCCAAGAGUCAGCUCACCGCAUUAAGAGCUUGGAAGAUGGGUGGGAGUAACAUCGGCAUUCUCGAUUUCGACCCUCUGGAGAUUGCUCGUCAGUUCACCCUUAAAGCCUCCAAGACCUUCUGCUCGAUCUUGCCUCAAGAGCUCCUAGCGACUGAAUGGACAAAGCGGACGAGCUCGUUGGCCGUCAAUGUCAGGGCCAUGUCCACGCUCUCGACCGACGUCUCCAAUCUUGUUUCCGAUUCUGUGCUCCAACUGGAUGAGUCCAAGAAGCGGGCCGCUAUGAUCAAGCAUUGGGUAAAGAUUGCGAAUAAGUGCCUGGAUCUGCACAACUAUGAUACGGUUAUGGCUAUCGUAUGCGCCCUGAAUUCGACCAACAUCAAACGCUUGAAAAGAACCUGGGAUUCCGUACCGCAGAAGACAAAAUCCGUGUUGGGCGAGCUGCUUAAAGUGGUGGGCGUUGCAAAAAAUUACUCCAUUCUUCGACAGCGUAUUCAGUCGCACCAGCCUCCGUGUCUUCCGUUCAUAGGGGUCUACUUGACGGACCUGACCAUGGUCGAUACCGCCAGCCCAGCAACACGGCCUUUGGCCACAGAUGCUGGCGAGAUUUCCGUGAUCAACCUCGACAAACACAUCAAAACAGCCAAGAUCAUCUCAGAUCUUCAAAGGUUCCAGAUCCCGUACAGACUCUGCGAGGUCCCUGAGCUUCAAACAUGGAUGCAAGACCAACUAAUACGAGUCCGCUCCGCUGGCGAAAAGAGUUUCCAGAUGCAUUAUCGACGAUCCCUGAUUUUGGAACCGAGGGAGCCGAACAGAAGUCCAAAUCCGGAAGCCUCGCACGCCAGUAAAGAGCGGGAAAAGUUUGACUUCUUGCACUGGACGCAUCUACUCCAGAAGGAGAAGUCUGUCCCCGUCUCAGGUUGA